AUGACGUCCACAAUAUCGUUUAGGGAUUCAAAUUCGGGGGGCGAUCAGUCUGAAGUCCACUAUGUCAUUCCAUCCUUGGAGAACCAUCACUUUACGGGCCGUGAAUCGACGCUGGAUGAGCUAAAGCAGAAGCUAUUUCUCCAGGGGAAUACUGCUGAAAAGGUAGCCCUAUUCGGACUAGGUGGCAUCGGUAAAACCCAGGUUGCUCUUCAGCUUGCGCGCUGGGUCAAAACGCAUAUACCAGACUGUUCAAUCUUCUGGGCGCCUGCCCUUAGUCUCGAGAGUUUUGAGCAGGCUUGUUCGCAAAUCUCCAAAAAGCUUCAAAUUGAGCAACAUCUAGACGGUGAAAAUGCGAUGGAGUUAGUGCAUCAGCAUCUAAGUGCUGAAAAAGCCGGAAAGUGGCUCUUUAUUGUCGAUAAUGCCGAUAGCGGGGGCUUGCUCUUCGAUGACCUAUAUCGGUAUUUCCCUGCUAGCAAGAGCGGUGUAACUUUGCUCACUACUCGCGACCACGAGGUAGCGUUUUCGUUUGCAGGAAGGGAUACAAUUUUGCUCGAAAGGAUGAGAACAGAGGAAGGGGUUGCCUUUCUCACCAAGAUUAUCCCACCAGACUCGCUUUGUGAUCAAAAGUCGACUAUACUGUUACUUGAGGAGCUGAACUUCUUACCGCUAGCUAUUGCACAGGCGGCUUACUAUAUGAGACGAAACACUGGAACUACCAAACGAUAUCUUCAGCUUAUGAGGAAGACCGAAAACGACAGGAUGCGUCUAGCAACCAGAGAGUUCUACGAUAUAACUCGCUAUCCAAAAAUGUCGAACGCGGUGGCUACCACAUGGCGUAUCUCGUUCAACCAAAUCAAAGGCUCCGAUCCCUCUGCCGCGGAUUUGUUGGAAUUCAUAUCUUACCUUGAGCCAAAAGGAAUCCCAAGACUUGUCCUUCCUAUCCUUGAUUCAGAGGAAGAGAUGGAGUCUGCAAUUGGAACAUUGUGUAAAUAUGGAUUUCUGACCAGAAGAAAGAAUUUGGAUAUGUUUGAUAUACAUAGCCUUGUACAGCUGGCAACACAACUGUGGAUAAGAGAGGCACGGAAGACGCAGCAGAUCAUCGCGACUGUGACACGACAUAUGGAUAAGUGCUUUCCGUCUGCUAAAUACACAAACCGUGAGACAUGGAGGACGUGCCUUCCACAUGCUCUAGAAAUUCUUACAAGAGACGAAAAUAAAGAUAUAAGUGAGCGGUAUAGCUUACUUUUUAAGGUUGGGAGAUGUGUUCUAGCCGAUGGCCGAGCAAAAGAAGCUGUUACUUUUUUCGAGGAUGUGUGUGCAUGGGAUGAAAGGCACCAUGAUGAAGAACAUCCUGAUCGACUGGCGUCUCAGCACAAUCUCGCAGGGGCAUAUCAAUCCAACGGGCAGAUCAAACAAGCUGUAGAGCUACUGGAGCAUGUGGUCGCGGUGCGAGAGAGGACGCUUGAUGAAGAACAUCCUGAUCGACUAGCGUCUCAGCAUGAACUUGCAAAUGUAUAUCAAUCCAACGGGCAGAUCAAACAAGCUGUGAAGCUACUUGAGCAUGUGGUCGCGGUGCGAGAGAGAACGCUUGAUGAAGAACAUCCUGAUCGACUGGCGUCUCAGCACACUCUCGCAGGGGUAUAUAAAUCCAACGGGCAGAUCAAACAAGCUGUGAAGCUACUUGAGCAUGUGGUCGCGGUGCGAGAGAGAACGCUUGAUAAAGAACAUCCUAAUCGACUAACGUCUCAGCAUACUCUUGCAGGGGCAUAUAAAUCCAACGGGCAGAUCAAACAAGCUGUGGAGCUACUUGAGCAUGUGGUCGCGGUACAAGAGAGGACGCUUGAUGAAGAACAUCCUGAUCGACUGGCGUCUCAGCACACUCUCGCAGGGGUAUAUAAAUCCAACGGGCAGAUCAAGCAAGCUGUGGAGCUACUUGAACAUGUGGUCGCGAUGCGAGAGAGAACGCUUGAUGAAGAACAUCCUGAUCGACUCACAUCUCAGCAUGAACUUGCAAAGGCAUAUCAAUCCAACGGGCAGAUCAAGCAAGCCGUAGAGUUACUUGAGCACGUGGUCGCGGUAGAAGGGAAAACGCUUGAUGAAGAACAUCCUGAUCGACUCACAUCUCAGUAUACUCUCGCAGGGGCAUAUAAAUCCAACGGGCAGAUUAAGCAAGCUGUGGAGCUACUUGAGCACGUGGUCACGGUAGAAGGGAGAACGCUUGAUGAAGAACAUCCUAAUCGACUAGCGUCUCAGCGUGCGCUCCAACCGCAAACAAGUUAA